AUGGCGAGCGAGCUGACUCGGAAGAACAGCAGCAGCAGCAGCCGGCGGAACUGGGCCGGCGGCUACCAGGACCCGGCGGAUGUGCUCCGGCAAAGGAGCAUUGCUGCUGAAGAAGGGGACGAGAGGGAGAGCCUCAUGUGGGCGGCGCUGGAGAAGCUGCCGACGUACGACCGCAUGCGAAAGGGGAUCAUCCGACAGACGGUUGACGGCGGAGGCGCCCUCUGCAGCGAGGUCGACAUCCACCGGCUUCGUCGCCAGGACCGGAAGCUCCUUCUCGAUCGCAUCUUCCGGGUGGUGGAGGAGGACAACGAGCGCUUCCUCAAGCGCCUCAGAGACCGAAUGGACCGGGUGGGACUGGAGCUUCCGAAGAUUGAGGUCCGAUACGAGAAUAUAUCAGUGGAGGCAGAAGUUUAUGUCGGUAGCAGAGCACAUCCUACCCUGUGGAAUGCCACUCUAAACGUAUUAGAGGGCAUUGUUGGUCUUCUACAACUUUCUCCAUCUAAGAGAAGGACAAAAAAAAUUCUUAAUGAUGUCAGUGGAAUCCUGAAGCCAACAAGGAUGACAUUGCUUCUUGGACCUCCAGCCUCAGGGAAAACAACACUCUUGCUUGCCCUGGCUGGGAAACUUGAUAAAAAUCUAAGGGAAUCCGGUAAGAUCAUGUAUUGUGGCCAUGAACUUUCGGAAUUUGUUCCCCAGCGAACCUGUGCAUACAUUAGUCAGUUAGACCUACAUAAUGGUCAGAUGACAGUUCGAGAAACCUUGGAUUUCUCAGGACAAUGCAUGGGUGUGGGAACAAGGUAUGAGAUGCUGUCAGAAUUGUCAAGACGAGAAAGAGAUGCAGGAAUUAAACCAGAUCCUGAGAUUGAUGCAUUCAUGAAGGCUACUGCAAUGAAAGGGCAGAAAGCGAGUGUAGCAACAGAUUACAUCCUUAAGGUACUUGGUCUGGAUAUAUGUGCAGAUGUCCUUGUUGGUGAUGGGAUGAGACGAGGCAUCUCUGGAGGACAAAAGAAGCGGGUGACAACAGGAGAGAUGCUGGCUGGACCUGCAAGAGCACUCCUCAUGGAUGAAAUAUCUACUGGACUUGACAGUUCCACCACAUUCCAGAUAGUCAGGUUCAUCAGACAGAUGGUUCAUGUCAUGGAUGGAACAGUGCUCAUGUCUCUUCUUCAACCUGCACCUGAGACAUUUGCACUUUUUGAUGAUGUUAUUCUACUGUCUGAGGGGCAAAUAGUCUAUCAUGGUCCUCAAGAGAAUGUCCUUGAGUUCUUUGAGUCUGUGGGUUUUAGAUGUCCUGAAAGGAAAGGAGUUGCAGACUUUCUUCAAGAGGUAACUUCAAAAAAAGAUCAAGAACAGUACUGGUGUAACAAGGACCAACCUUACCAAUAUAUUUCAGUCUCCAAGUUUGCGCAUCUUUUCAAGUCAUUUCGUCUUGGGCAACAGCUUUCAGAGGACCUAAGUGUUCCUUAUGAUAAAUCUAGAACCCAUCCUGCUGCACUCACAACAGGGAAAUAUGGCAUUUCUAGCUGGGAGCUCCUUGAGGCAUGUUUAUCAAGGGAGUGGUUGCUGAUGAAACGCAAUUCAUUUGUCUAUGUUUUUAAGACUUCCCAAAUUACCAUACUCUCAUUGAUGGCCAUGACCGUGUUUCUGAGAACUGAAAUGCCCCACCAGACAAUUCCUGAUGGUGACAAGUUCAAUGGUGCACUCUUUUACAGUUUAAUUAAUGCUAUGUUUAAUGGAAUGGCAGAACUAUCAAUGACAGAAGUGAGAGCUGCAGGAAGGAGAAACAGCUCUGAUAAUUUUAGUUCUUCAGUCCAUCCCAUUAGGAGGGGAAUGGUUUUGCCUUUCCAGCCACUUUCUCUUGUUUUCAGUCAUGUGAACUACUAUGUUGACAUGCCAGCAGAAAUGAAGAGCCAAGGAAUUGAGGAAGAUCGUAUCCAAUUGCUGACUGAUGUAAGUGGUGCAUUUAGGCCAGGAGUCCUGACAGCAUUGGUUGGAGUGAGUGGAGCAGGAAAGACUACAUUGAUGGACGUGUUGGCAGGAAGAAAAACUGGUGGUUAUAUUGAAGGAAGCAUCAGUAUUUCUGGUUAUCCUAAAAAGCAAGAGACCUUUGCUAGAAUAAGUGGUUACUGUGAACAAAAUGAUAUUCACUCACCACAUGUGACUGUUUAUGAAUCACUCAUCUACUCUGCUUGGCUGCGUCUUGCCCCAGAAAUAGACAAGCAAACAUGACAGAUGUUCGUGGAGGAGAUUAUGGAGUUGGUUGAACUUGAUAUAUCGAGAAAUGCUUUGGUUGGCCUUCCAGGGGUGGAUGGUUUGUCAACUGAACAGCGGAAGCGACUCACAAUUGCCGUUGAGCUGGUUGCAAAUCCAUCCAUUAUCUUCAUGGAUGAGCCAACAACAGGUCUUGAUGCUAGAGCUGCAGCCAUAGUUAUGCGGACAGUGAGAAACACAGUGGACACAGGACGAACUGUUGUUUGUACAAUUCACCAACCAAGCAUAGAUAUUUUUGAAGCUUUUGAUGAGCUGCUUUUGAUGAAGAGGGAAGGCCAAGUUAUAUAUGCUGGAUCCCUUGGUCGUCACUCUCACAAACUUAUAGAUUAUUUUGAAGCAAUUCCAGGGGUUCCCAAGAUUACUGAAGGUUAUAACCCUGCAACGUGGAUGCUGGAAAUAAGCUCUCCUUCGGUUGAGACUAGCAUGAAUCUGGAUUUUGCUGAAGUUUAUGCUCGUUCCCCUCUUUAUCAGAAAAAUCAGCAACUUAUCAAAGAAUUGAGUAUUCCUACAUUAGAUUCAAAGGAUCUAUCUUUUCCUACAAAAUAUACCCAGAGUUUCAGUACUCAAUGCAAUGCUUGCUUUUGGAAACAGUACUGGUCUUACUGGAGAAACCCUCAAUACAAUGCUACCCGCUUGUUCAUGACGAUUGUCAUAGGCCUUAUUUUUGGCACCAUGUUUUGGCAAAAAGGUGGAGAGAUAAGCAAACAACAAGACAUUUUUGAUAUACUUGGAGCUAUAUAUGCUGCUAUUUUCUUCCUUGGAGCCAGCAAUGCUAUCGCUGUGCAGCCUAUUGUGGGCAUUGAGAGAACAGUCUUUUACCGUGAGAGAGCAGCAGGAAUGUACUCAGCCCUGGCCUAUGCAUUGGCUCAAGUUAGCAUUGCGAUGGUAUACAUUCUAGCACAGGGACUUUUUUAUAGCCUGCUCCUUUUCUCAAUGAUUGGUUUUAGUUGGCAGGCCACCACCUUCUUCUGGUUUUUCUUCUUCAUUUUCAUGAGCUUUGCCUACUUUGUUCUACAUGGCAUGAUGAUUGUAGCGCUCACACCGGAUCACCAAGUAGCUAGUAUCCUAUCAAGUUUCUUCUACACCUUUUGGAACUUGUUCUCAGGCUUCCUGAUACCACGACCGUCAAUUCCAGUCUGGUGGAGGUGGUACUACUAUUGGGGUGAUCCCGUAGCUUGGACGAUAUAUGGUGUUGUAGCAUCACAGCUGGGACAAAAGGAAAACUUGAUUGAUAUCCCUGGAGAAUCCAGAAUAACAGUUAAGCAAUUCUUAGAGGACAACCUGGGCUAUGAACACAGCUUCCUCGGUUAUGUUGCUCUGGCUCACUUGGGUUUUGCGUUGGUCUUCUUCCUUGUCUUUGGCUAUUCCAUCAAGUGCCUCAACUUCCAGAAGAGAUAG